UUCAAAAGUUCAAAAUGUCAUGGUGAUUGAAAUCUACAGAUGUUAUUGUUUUAUUAUUUCAAGUUGUCCUGUCCUGAAAUAACUAAUACGAAGUAUCCAAAAAUUAUUGAUAGAGAACAUUCAUAAGAUUAGAGUUCCUAAGAAUCUACCGUACAUUCUUGAAGGAACAUCUCUUUGUGUACUUUGAACAGUCAUCUUCUUUUCACAAAAAUAUGGAGUUUCCUUCUCUCGGCGAACACUGCCAGAAGAAAGACUGUAACCAAACCGACUUUCUGCCACUCCAGUGUAAAUGCGGAAUGGUAUUCUGCCGCCUACAUUUUAAUGAUCAUUGUUUAUCAGGACAAUGUGAUUUGGCCCCUAAACCGAAAGAGGUUAACUUUGAGUGUGACGACCAGAUUUACAGGUGCUCGUCAAAAGGCUGUAAGAAGGGUAAUCUGCAUGAAAUGCUGUGUAAUAAGUGCAACAAACAUUACUGCAUAGAACAUAGGUUUCACCCAUCAUGUCCAGAAAUAGAUGAUGAAACAAUGUCAGCCAAAAUAGAACAAUUUGAAGCACCAAGACGACAGUUCAAAGAAGCUAAUAAGUUCCUGCAACAGAAGAUAACAGAAAAUAUAAGAAAAGCACUCCAAUCAUCUGCAAAAAUGAAAACUGCAUCGAAAAUCCACUUAAUGAGGAUCAAACAGAAAGCCCAAGGACCCAAAUCAAUACCAGUCACAGAUAGAGUAUAUUUUGCUAUCAAAAAACCUAUAGACUUACAACCAAAAGCAGUUAUCAUAGUUAAAGAUGAGAACAAUAUAAAAAACAUUGAGUCAUUGACUCUUGAUCCAGAUUUGAAGGAUACUGUUCCCUUGUUUAUUUCAAAAAAAUGGAGUUUAGGUCGUACAAUUGAUUCUAUAUGCGAUACAAGCAAUAUUAAGAAUGAUAAUAACAAAAUUGGUGAUACAAAACUGAGGCUGUUCAGACAAUUAGACGGUUAUUGUGUUAGCCCUUUAAAAAUGGAUGUGGAAAUUGAAGAAUUACUGGCAAGAGAGAUUUUAUUGGAGGGUGAUAAGUUAGUUGUAGAGUAUAUAGAUAAUAAUGUCAUAAAUACUAUUCAAGAAGAUAAUGCUCAGAUAUUUUUAAGUGUAUAGAUUACUUUAACUUUGUAUUAUAUUUAUUUUAUAUCCAUA